UCAUCGUUUGUUCCGAGUUGCGACCUUACUCUUUGAAACCCUGAUUGAGAGAAGGUGCGAAGGAAGGCUUUCCUUUCUUCCAGGAGUCCUGUUCCUCUUCGACCUGUUUUAAAUUUUUGGGGGUCUUUUAUUAUUAUUAAUUAUUUUUGGGGGGGAUAAAUUUAAAAAGUCUUCGGAACUUCGGCCAGGGUUCCGAGACAUGACCGUUUGACUCCGGCCCCAACAUCAUCACGAUGCCGUCAUCUACGCUCAACGUCGCCGUCGUCUGUUCGAGCAACAUGAACAGGAGCAUGGAAGCUCACGCUUUUCUCAGUAAAAAGGGAUUCAAAGUGAAAUCGUAUGGCACGGGCGACAAGGUGAAACUCCCCGGUACGGCACUCGACCGUCCCAACAUCUAUGACUUCAGUUCGACAUACGACGAGAUCUACCAGGACCUUCAGAACAAAGACAACAACUUUUAUACGCAAAACGGCCUCCUCCACAUGCUCGAUCGAAACAGGAGGAUCAAAACUAGGCCGGAACGGUUCCAGGACGCGGACGACAAGUUCGACGUCGUCGUGACAUGCGAAGAGCGUGUGUACGACCAAGUCCUAGAAUAUUUUGAAAACAGGACGGCAGAAGACAGCGCGGGCGUUCAUAUAAUCAACAUCGACAUACAGGAUAACCACGAGGAGGCAACCAUCGGUGCUUUCCUCAUCUGCGAACUCAUAACAAUGAUGUCCAAUGCGGAUGACUUGGACAACGAAAUCGACAACCUGCUUGCAACAUAUGAGCAGAAGUGCAACCGUGCGAUCCUCCACUGCGUCCUGUUCUACUGAUUCGAUUAAAAUUAAAAAAAAAAGUUUUUUUUUGU